AUGGAUUCUUUUCAUGUUCCCACUGAAGACUGGCUGUCAAUUCAAAAUGAUCGCAAAAACACACUGGCUUCUGUCUGCCAGAAGAACAACCUUCUUAAACUAAGAAGCAAAUUGGAUUCUCGUGUAGCAAGCCAGCUCUUUGUGGAGCACAAACAUAAACUUACCUACUGUGAGGUGCCCAAGGUAGGCUGCUCCAACUGGAAGAGAAUCAUUUUCAUUCUCCAAGCAGGCUUGGAAGUGGAAGCUUCUGAAAUUGAGCAUGACCACAUCCACCAGACCUCACUGAUCAAAAGGCUGGCUGCUUACCCUCCCCCUAUACAAGAGGAAUUUCUGAACAAUUACACCAAAGUGAUGUUCACCAGACAUCCCUUGGAACGGCUGGUUUCAGCUUACAGAGACAAGCUUCUGCACUCUGAGCCAUACUAUAGUACCACUGUUGCUAAUGAGAUUAGGGCAAUGUUCAGGAAAAACAAAAAUUCUUCUGAAAAAGUGAGUUUCCAGGAGUUUGUCAGCUUCAUUAUAGCAAAACCAAUGAAUACUCUUGACAUUCACUGGAAACCAAUGUUUCUUCUCUGUGAUCCUUGCAACAUUCACUAUGAUAUUCUGGGCAAGUAUGAAACUCUUGGGUUAGAUUCUGAGCACGUUCUGAAGGCAAUUGGUGCACCAGAGAGCCUGCAGUACCCCAGCCUGAAGAGGUAUGGCUCAGAGAAACGAACUAAUGGUGAUAUCACCUUGGAAUACCUCAGACAGUUGAGCUCAGAACAAAUUGAGAAGAUCAAAAAAUUGUAUGAAAUGGAUUUUCUCUUGUUUAACUAUACUAUGAAAUAUGAGGAUUAUUUUUCUCUGAAAAGCUAA